AUGAGGAGAUUUCUGGUUGAUAGAGAAAAUAUUGAGAAUAUGAAUGUUGUGCAACCAGAAGUCGAAUUAGAACCACCGCCUAAUAUGGUUAAUGAGUUUAAUCCAAAUGAGAUUGUGCAUGAUCUAGAUCGUAGGAAACAAAUUAAUGAGUAUGCUCCGGAUGUUCAAGACCAAGCGAGGAGGGUAUAUAUAUUGAAGAGUCCAAUGCAACCAAAUUUGUCAACCAAAAGAGCUUUCUGUGGCCAUGAUGAAUCCUCUACUUCUCUAAAUAAGGGAAAUUUUAGAGAGAUGAUAGAUUGGGUAAAAUCUCAGAAUGAACAAGUGAGGGAUGCUUUUGACCGUGGUGGAAAAAAUUGCACAAUGACUUGCGGUGGCAUUCAAAAGGAGCUUGCAAUAUGUUGUGCACAUGAAGUUACCAAGGUGAUUAUGGAAGAGCUUGGUGAUAGACAAUUCUCCAUGCUUAUUGACGAGUCACGUGAUAUAUCCAUCAAAGAGCAAAUGGCGGUGAUGUUGAGGUUUUUGAACGGAAAAGGGAAUGUUGUGGAAUGA